GAGGCCCCGCCAGAGGCGCCCCCCUCUGGGACGCCCGCGGCUCCAGCGGCGGUCGUCGCCAAGGUGGUUCCGCCCGCCGCGGGCAGCGCGAACUCCAAGCGAUGGGCGGGAAUUACGAAGGAGAUGCACGCGGUGCUGUCGCAGCAGAGCGUGCUGGCCCUGUGCAGCUUCCUGUGCGACGCCGGCAGCGGGCACGGCUCCUCCGGAGAG